AUGCCACCUCAAAUCAAGCAGGACCUGAACAGAUCAGGUUGGGAGACGACCGAUCUGCCAUCCUGCUGCGAGCGAUGCCUAGGAGACAACCCAUUUACUCAGAUGCUCAAAGAGGACUAUGGUGAAGCCUGCAAGCUCUGCACACGACCUUUCACUGUCUUCAAAUGGAAAGCCGACCGAACAUCACGACAAAAGCGAACCGGUAUCUGCUUGACUUGCGCGCGACUCAAGAACUGCUGUCAGUGCUGUAUGCUAGAUCUGGCCUUUGGACUGCCUAUCACGAUUCGAGAUGCUGCGUUGAAGAUGGUUGCGCCGGGACCGCAGAGUGAGGUGAACCGAGAAUACUUCGCACAGAACAAUGAGCGCGAGAUUGAAGAGGGCAGAGGACUCGAAGGAUACGAAAAAACAGACGAGAAGGCACGCGAUCUGCUACGGAGACUCGCCAGUUCAGAACCAUACUACAAGAAACAAAGACGGCUAGAAGCUGAAGCGGAGUCGGAAGGUGGACAGAAGCUGCUUGAAGGUGGUUCAAGUGCAGAAGGUGGACACAAACCAGGACCUAUCAGAACAGCAGACUCGCGACCAAAGUCACAAUAUGGCUCAGCAUACGGCCCUCCAUCUCGAGGCGGAGCAGCACCAAGAGGCGGCAGAGGAGGUGCACGAGGUGGCCGAGGCUUCCCAGGAGGAGCAGCAUUACCGAUCAAGCCGGAAGAUAUCGCUCCACCUAGGGACACCAACAUCACAUCGCUAUUCGUCACUGGAGUCGAGGACGACAUGCCAGAACACGAAAUCCGGUCCCACUUCCAGCAGUACGGUGCACUCCGAUCGCUCGUCUGCAGCCAUCGAUCACAUUGCGCAUUUGUAAACUACAUGGAACGAGAAGGCGCAGAGGCUGCAGCGGCAGCAUGUCAGGGAAGAGCAGUGGUGAAGGGCGUACCGUUGAGAGUGCAGUGGGGCAAGCCGAAGCCAUUGGACAAUAUGGAUCGCGAUCAGAGGAUGGAGAAUGCUAGAGCUGGCAGGGCCGUGGAGAGCCGGCAGAAGGCGAUAGCAGGACCGGCUGGUCAGAAGGCUAUUGCUGGUGGAUCUGCGCAGGUGGAGGAUCUGGAUAGUCUUGCUGCUGUUGCUCCGCCGCCUGGUCAGGGUGAGGUGGAGUAUGCGGCGAUGGCGGGGGAGUAG